UCUGGUUUUACUUGUUUGCUCUUGUGGGUUCUCUGAUCUAGGGCUUUUUGGUACUUCUUGUGCAUAUAUUUGGAUUUUUGAGCAUCUGGGUCGCUUUCGUUUUGGUCAAAAUUUAGACCCUUCUGAGUGUGUGUACUAAUUUUGAUAUCUGAACUAAUGAAACUGUAAAGGGUUAUUUAGGAUUUGUAGUAUUGGAUGAUGGCUCGGUUUAUUCUUCCGUGCAAAGGUUCGGGUCUGCCGAAGACAUGUCUCUUGGGUUUGAUCUCCUCUGGCCAUGUGAUUACCCAAUCCCACUUACUUAUUGUUUCAAGCCUCUUGUUGUGGUAGUUCUGUUGGGAAUCCUGCUAAAAAAUUCUCCAGAUAUAGGCAUUACCUUAGCUUAGAGGUUGCACAUCGGAAAAAUUAUCGGUUUCCUUGCCCUUCAUUACCUAAGGCCAGGCAAUUCAACUUGGAGGCUAAUUUGUUCAGUUGCAACAGAACCCUUACCAAAGCAAGUUGAAGAAUCCAAAAUGGACAUGCCCAAAGAAAUUUUUCUGAAAGAUUACAAGUUGCCUGAUUACUACUUUGAUACGGUUGAUUUGAAAUUUUCACUGGGCGAGGAGAAAACAAUUGUCUGUUCCAAAAUAACCGUCUACCCCAGAGUCAAAGGUUGUACUUCUCCACUAGUCUUGGAUGGGCAUGAUAUGAAGCUGGUUUCAGUUAAGGUCAAUAGCAAAGAACUGAAGGAGGAAGAUUUCCACUUGGAUUCACGCCAUCUGACUCUCUCAUCACUGCCAAGUGGCAAAUUUACAUUGGAAAUUAUUUCUGAGAUACACCCACAAAAGAACACAUCGUUAGAGGGGCUUUACAAGUCAUCUGGGAAUUUCUGUACCCAAUGUGAGGCAGAGGGUUUCAGGAGAAUUACAUUCUACCAGGACCGUCCUGAUAUUAUGGCAAAAUACACUUGUCGCAUUGAAGCUGAUAAGUCAUUGUACCCUGUGUUGUUGUCUAAUGGAAAUCUCAUAGAGCAAGGAGACCUUGAGGGUGGCAAACAUUAUGCACUUUGGGAGGAUCCCUUCAAGAAACCUUGCUAUCUCUUUGCUUUAGUUGCUGGACAGUUGGAGAGCAGAGAUGAUACUUUUACCACUCGUUCAGGUCGUAAGGUGUCUCUUAGGAUUUGGACCCCGGCACACGAUCUACCCAAGACUGAACAUGCCAUGUAUUCUCUUAAGGCGGCUAUGAAAUGGGAUGAAGAUGUUUUUGGUCUUGAGUAUGACCUGGAUCUCUUUAAUAUUGUUGCUGUUCCAGAUUUUAACAUGGGAGCCAUGGAAAACAAGAGCUUGAAUAUAUUCAAUUCCAAGCUUGUUUUGGCAUCUCCAGAAACUGCUACAGAUGCAGAUUAUGCUGCAAUUUUAGGAGUUAUUGGCCAUGAGUAUUUUCACAACUGGACUGGUAACAGAGUGACAUGUCGAGACUGGUUUCAGCUUAGUCUUAAAGAAGGUCUUACUGUAUUCCGUGACCAGGAAUUUUCAUCUGACCUGGGGAGUCGUACAGUAAAGCGGAUUGCUGAUGUUUCAAGGCUUCGAAAUUAUCAGUUUCCACAGGAUGCUGGUCCCAUGGCUCAUCCUGUACGGCCACAUUCUUACAUUAAGAUGGACAACUUCUACACAGUGACGGUGUAUGAAAAGGGAGCUGAAGUUGUCAGGAUGUACAAGACCUUAUUGGGAAGCCAAGGAUUCAGAAAAGGCAUGGAUCUAUAUUUCAAGAGACACGAUGGGCAAGCUGUAACCUGUGAAGAUUUCUUUGCUGCAAUGCGAGAUGCAAAUGAUGCAGAUUUUGCUAAUUUCCUAUUGUGGUAUUCACAAGCUGGAACACCUCGUGUAAAGGUUACUUCAUCCUACAAUAAGGAGGCUCAUACUUAUUCUUUAAAGUUUAGUCAAGAAGUGCCACCGACCCCAGGGCAGCCAAUGAAAGAACCUAUGUUCAUUCCUGUGGUAGUAGGUCUGUUGGACUCACGUGGGAAGGACAUGCCUCUUUCCUCUGUCUAUCAUGGUGGAAAGUUGGAGUCUGUUGCAUGUAAUGAUCAGCCCAUCUACAGUACAGUUCUUAGAAUUACAAAGAAAGAAGAAGAAUUUGUAUUCUCUGAUAUAUCUGAGCGGCCAAUUCCAUCUAUAUUACGGGGAUACAGUGCUCCUAUCCGACUUGACUCUGAUCUUGCUGACAGUGAUCUGUCAUUCCUUCUUGCUCAUGAUUCAGAUGAGUUCAACCGUUGGGAGGCUGGGCAGAUACUGGCAAGAAAGCUGAUGCUCAGCCUGGUUGCUGAUUUUCAACAAAACAAACCAUUGGCUCUAAAUCCACAGUUUGUGCAUGGGAUCAAAAGCAUACUUUGUGACUCUAGCUUAGACAAGGAGUUCAUUUCGAAGGCAAUUACUCUGCCUGGUGAAGGAGAGAUCAUGGACAUGAUGGAAGUUGCUGAUCCUGACGCUGUUCAUGCAGUCCGAUCUUUCAUCAAAAAGCAGCUUGCUUCUGAACUGAAAGAAGAGUUUCUCAACACGGUAAAAAACAACAGGAGUUCAGAGCAGUAUGAGUUUAACCAUUGGAAUUUGGCGAGACGAGCUCUUAAGAACAUUGCACUUGGAUAUCUCGUGUCACUUAACGAUCCAGAACUUACUGAGCUUGCAUUGCACGAAUAUAGAACUGCCACAAAUAUGACCGAACAAUUUGCAGCUCUUGCGGCCAUAGCCCAAAACCCCGGACAAACACGUGAUGAUGUUUUGGCCGACUUCUAUAGCAAGUGGCAGCAUGACUUCUUGGUUGUGAAUAAAUGGUUUGCUCUUCAAGCCAUGUCAGACAUUCCUGGGAAUGUUGAGAAUGUCAGGAACCUCCUAAACCAUCCCGCAUUUGACCUGCGUAAUCCAAACAAGGUAGGUGACCUCUACACACACAUGUAGACAGACACAAACACACGCA